ACGCCGCUUUUCAAAGAUCGACAAACACAUUUGAAAUGUCUUGGCACGGAUUCCAAGAUCACCUUUCUGGAAUAAAGUACUAUAUGGGUGCUGUCGUACAUGUCAAGGAAUACAACAGUGCAAAUAUGAGCUUUACGAAUGUUGGCUUAUUGACAUCCUUCACAUUCACAAACCUAAACCUGAAACACGGCGAGUCCUAUUACGGAAUUGUCAAGGCGGUAGACGCGGCAGGACAUGAAAGCACAGCUCUAUGCUCCCCAGAACAAUCGGUCGAUGCGACCCCACCGAAAGGCUUUACUUGUGACUCAACUCAACAAUUACCAAUUGGUGUCUCUUAUAAAGUUGACGAUGGGGACCUUAUUGUUGUUCUCAACGCCAAAUUAAUCAAAGAUACUGUCUAUUAUAUACAUGGAGCCAUAAGGAGUACAUCUUUUGACUUAAAUCCUAUCUUAACAAUUGAUGGGUACAGCGUUAUACUACCAUUGGAAACACAUCACGAUGGGCUGCUUCAAUACCAAUUCACCUUUGUAUCGCAGACUGAAGGCACGCAGUAUGUAGAAAUUGAAUUUGGAGACAAUGUUGAUGAGGAAAUUUUACACAACGUGUCCAUUAAAGAAUGCAAUAUGCUGUCUGAAAAUAAUGACGGUGCUGUUUACUUGAGGCAAAUUGGACCUUAUUCGAUUGCAGUAAGCCUCUUGGUAUUGGAUGCAGAAAGUGACAUCAGGACGGUUUCACUUGGUGUAGGUACCACCAAAGGAGGAUUUCAAAUACAAUCAGUUUCGGAACUUCUCAAUCGAAAUAAUGUCGAAGUUAUAUUUGCACAAUUCACCCACGGAACGCCGGUAUAUGUUACUGCAAUUGCUGAAAACCAUGCAGGACUCACAACCGUGUUCCAUUCGGAUGAAGCAACUAUUAUUGAUCAUACUGCCCCACUACUUUACGAUAUUGAUGUCUCGGUUGCCGUAGAUAGAAACAAUUCAAUAUCAUCAGAUGCAACUUGGAAAGUGAACGACGAUGAAAGUGAUGUUCAAUUCCGCAGAUGUUCUGUCGGUUCAGCACCUGUGACAGGAGAUAUUCAAGCAGAAAGAGAUUCGGAAACCUUGCAAGCUUGUCACACUGAAUUGGUUGACCUCGCUCACGGCCAUAGAGUUUAUGUCACAAUCAAAUGUGUAAACAAAGUUGAACUUGCCACCACUUUAGUAUCCAGAUCAGUCACCAUUUAUCUUUCUCCACCGAGCAGUACACAUGCUUUCGUCCACUUCUUGCCCGUCAGUCAAAAAUCUUCUUCAAUUAUUGACCCAUUAUCCCGUGAAAAGGCUUGGCAGUCAAAUGCGAGCAUAUUGCAGAUGGAAUGGAACAGUUUUGAGGACCAUUCACAUAUAACGUCAUUCAAAUAUCGUAUCCAUAGCGACGGUGAGAUUGUUCUGGACGGGAUGGCCGUUGGCUUCAAGGACACGAUUUCCAAUGUGAACUUGAAGUUGAAAUCAGGAAGGACAUACACGGCUGAAGUUAAAGCAGUCAAUGGUGGCGGGUUAAGCAGCCCCAAUGUUCAGUCCUCGUUGACCGUGGCUUCGGAACCACCUGCUCUUUCAGGACAACCUGCCACUGCGGUUAUCAGACAGGGUAAAUUAACCCUUGACUGGGGCAACGUGUUCAAUACCAUUUCGGGAAUUCCCCACCAGUACAGUCUGGUUGUCGGGUCCAGGGACGGAUUUUCUGAUAUCGUUGACGUCAGCUACACUCGUUACCAUUUGUAUGACGUCAUAGUUCCGACUUCUACAUUGGUCUCACCUGAUAUCACAGAACUGUGCGUGAAAAUCACGUGUACAUUCAAUACAGGGUUGUUUUCAAUCUAUAGCACAACAUUCAAAGUGUGACUCGUCCUACAUUUUAAACUAAUCUAGGUAGGAUGUCAAUAUAUUCCCACAUGUAUUAAUUGUAAAAAAAUAUUGCAUAUUCGUGACAGGUCUAUUCAAAUAAAUAUAUCUUUCUUUUCAAAAGUAAGAUUUUUAGUAAGUUUGUUUCCAAAUUGUCUGUAAGUAUAUAUUUUGUAAAUGAAAAAAAAUAAUGCGCCAUUUUAGAAUCAACUACACAUAUGUAUAUCUUAUUUUGUUAUAAUAUUAUACAUAUUAAGCAAUAUCUAUGCUGGCUCGAUGCGCUUUUUUUUCGUCCGUUUAUUUGUUUACUGUUCAUUGCUUUAUAUUAAACAGAUUUUUUUUCAUUUUCGAAUCGUCUGUGUGCUUUUGUGCGUUUUUCUUUGUGAUAGUGUAUUAUUUUUAAGUGUAGUGCGUUUUUAUUAUGCAUUCCGUCCAACAAAAUUAUUACUUUUUAUUUAAUUGUUAAAAAAUCGAUUCAUUAUAACAUUUUUUUUUUCUUAAAAACAAAUACAAUUCUAGCAAAAAGCACUUUGAAAGCAAUAAAAUGCAAGCAUAUUGCUCUUGUUACAAAGAUACUUCUGUAUAUUUGGAUGUGUAAUAGAAAAUAAAAACGAACAAAGUAAUGGCCGCUUGCUUUAAUUUCAGAAUGAUUUAAUUAAACGUAUUCCGUCAGCAAUUUUUAAUUGUUUUUAUUACUGCGUGUUAUUAAGUAUACGUUUCUUUUGCAAGUCUGUGAUUUAUGCUUUUUUGAUUUAACAAAAAAAAAUAACCAGAGAGAAUUUCACAAUUUUGUUUGUUAUAUAUUUUAUAACACGACAUACUGGCAUUGAUUAGCAAUUGAACACAGUGAUUCAAAUAAACUAAAUAGAUACGCUUUGACCAUGUAUACAUCGA